UCACAUGAUCAUAUCUUUAAUCGUGAUUUGGUCCUGUGGAUUUGAAUUAUGCACAUGUCUAUUUCAAAAUUCUUGGGACUAUAGCUUUUAAUUCGAAAAAAUUAAGAUGUAUGAACCCACUCUUAAAAAUUUGACAGAUCCUAAUUAUGGGAAACCUCCCAAACACCAGAAUCCAGUAAGUUAUUAAAUAAUUGAUUAAAAAUUUGAAUUAUUCAGACUUCAAUAUUUUUUUGUUAGAUUCUUCAAAAUUUAGGUACUCCACAUAUAGAUUCCUUUAACUAUAUGGUUGAUGAAGGAUUAAAUUUGGCUGUUGCUGAUUUAUUACCAGUUGAGUUUGAUACAAAGGGAAAAUAUCGUAUUAAACUUGCAUUAUUGGUAAAUAUAUUUUUUUUAUUAUUGUCUUUUUAAAUGCAUUGAAAAGUAUAACCAUAAAGUGUGUAAUAAUUUCAGUAAAUUACUUAUGUUUUGUUAUUUAUUUUUACUUCAUUACUUCCAUAUGGCAAUUAAUAUAUUACAGUAUUUUAUUUAUUGUCUUUUAGAAUGCUACCAUUCAUGUACCCCAAGUACCUACAGGUUCGCUUGGUGUCACAUCACACAGUAUUUAUCCAUUAGAAUGUCGACAACGUCAUAGUACCUAUUCUGGAAAGCUUGAAAUAAAACUUAGUUGGUCAAUUAAUGGUGUUGAACAAAUGACUAUUAACAGAGAUAUUGGCCAAGUACCAAUUAUGUUGAAGGUACCAAUUUUUUAAAAAAAAAAUUUUUUUAAUUUUAUUAUUUCUGAUUUUUGUUUAGUCUAAGUUGUGUCAUUUGGAAGGAAUGACUUCAGAACAACUAGUUAAACAUGGAGAACAUCAAGAUGAAUGGGGUGGAUAUUUUGUAGUAAAAGGCAAAGAACGUUUAGUUAGGCUUUUGUUAGGCACAAGAAGGAAUUUUCCAACUGCUGUUAAAAGAAAUACUUGGAAAAACAAAGAUCAAUAUUUUUCAGAUAUUGGUAUUAUGAUUAGGUGUGUUAAAGAUGAUAUGACAACUGUUGUAAGUUUUUAUAACUAAAUAUAUCUAUUUAAAAUUUAAGUUAAUUUAAACUUAAAUUUUUAGACAAAUGUAUUACACUUUUUAACAAAUGGUACAGCCAAAUUAAUGAUCCCAAUUAAGAAGAGGGUAUUUUAUGCACCAAUAUUUUUAAUACUUAAAUGUCUCACUGCUAGUUCAGAUGAGUUUAUAUUUAGACACAUUAUUAAGGGACAUGAAGACAAUUUAUAUUUUAUGAGGUAAGAUUUAUUAUUAUAACUACUUAUAUAAGUUAUAACAUUUAUUCAUAAAGGUCUAUUAUGGAGAUGAUGCGUGCUUUACACGAAAGUAAUAUCCAUAGCCAAGAAGAUGCUAAGGAAUAUAUUGGUUUAAUGUUCAGAUCUAGAUUCUAUGAAUUACCUGAAUGGAAAACUAAUAAAGAAGUGUGCGAUUAUAUGUUGAGGUCUGUCAUAUUUAUAUUUAUAAUUUAUAGUUAACUCAGAUAACAAUAUGUAUAUAAUAAUAAAUUUACUCUAGGAAUUAUGUUUUAAUACAUUUGCACAUUGAUUUUGAUAAAUUCAAACUUUUAGUGUUUAUGUUGCAAAAGUUAUUUGCAGUUGCUCAAAAUAAAUGUUUAGAAGAAGGUGCCGAUGCAAUUAUGAUGCAGGAAUUAAUGCUUGGUGGCCAUCUUUAUUUGAAAGUAACACAAUAUUAUAAAAUUUAAAAAGAAAAAUGUAUAAGGGAUUUUAAAAUAUUUUUUUUUUUUUGCAGAUGCUUAAAGAAAAAUUACAAUAUUGGUUAGAAUUGAUUAAAAUUAACCUACUUAAAAUUGACCAGUCUGGAUCACCAUCAAUUGGUGAUAUGAUGAGUGCUAUGAAAAGAUGUGAUAUAAUUGAGCAUUCAUUAUUAACUUUUUUUGCUACUGGUAAUCUUUUUAGUACAACAGGUCUAGGAAUGCAGCAAGAUAAAGGUAUUUUUCAUUUAGUUUACUUAAUAAGUAUCUUCUUCACCUUCAUCCCAACUAUUUAGCACUACACUUGUUCAAAACUAACUAGAUCUCACCUCGCAUACACUAACUGUUCUUAAAUCAUUCUUAAUCACAAUCGAACCAUCUCUUUUUCAGUUUUCCUCUCUCCCAUUUUCUCCUGCAUUUAUUUUCAUUUUAAUGCUUACUAUAGUGUGUUCACCGAGAGAACACAACUGGGUGGAAACCAAAAUUUGUUUAUUAUUGUACAUUCCCAACACUAUUCUAGGUGUGAACGCUUUGCGCUGUACGCCAUGUUGUUGCUGUGAGACAGCCGCGCGGUGGCAUUCACAUAUUGAUAGCUGUGUGGGAGAGGAAUUGUAUGUACACUGGAGUCCGAGUUGCGUUCUCUUGGCAAACGAGGUAUAGUUCAGAUUCCUCUAUCCCCAUGACCAUGCCAUCAAACCAUCUAUUUAUUUUAUUUCAUUUUAUCUACUUUUGAAGCUAUGCUUAAGUUACCUUUUAUGUACUCAUCCUUUAUCCUAUCUUAUAUUAUCACUUUAGUCAUCCACAUAAGUAUUGCCAUCUUUGCUACACUCAUUCUCUAUUCUACUUUUCUAUCUACCACUCAACACUGAACCAUAAAAUAUAGUCAAUCUUACCACACUUCUGUAGAAUUUAACUCUAAGUCUCAUUGGCAUUCUCAUGUCACAUAAAACACCUGACGAUAUUUAAUAUCUCCCCUUUAUCUAACCACACUAAUCAUAUGUUUCACAUGUUAAUGAAAGUCAUCUUUUUAUUUUGUACAGAACAAUCCUAGGUACUUAAAACUCGCAACUUCGCCUAUAACUGCUUAUUGUCAUUAGUUGUCCUGUUACUUUAAACUCAUUCUCAGUUUUUUUUCUACUUAUCCUUAGUCCUUUUCUUUCAAGUACUAAUUUCCAUUCUUCAAGUGUAUUGUUUACCUAUUCUAGAUUUUCUCAUAUCAAAACUAUAUUAUCUGCAAAAAAUUAUGUACUAUAUACCUACUUUCAUAUGUUGUCCCCUUGCACAUCUGAAAUAGAAUAAUCUGACAAAAUCUUGUUUAAAACUCUCCAUACUGUUUGAUAGAAUUUUACAUCAACUGUCGACCUAACGCAACCCUAUUUGUCGCCUCUUAAAACAAGUAGAGUAGGAGUACAUUAGGAAUAUUCUGAUUCUUGCCCGAAAACGAGAUUUACUUUACUUAAUAUACACUUACUUUAUACUCAUUAUGUAUUAGAAAAACAAAUUAACUUGUGAGAUUAAAUCAUUAAAUAAUAUGAUUAUUAGAGAUAUGCCAUGUUUAUUCUUGAGUUUAUUAAACAUUACUAAAGUAAUUAUUACACUGGUAAUUUAUAAUUUUCAUGUAAAAAAAAAAAGGAUUGACAAUUUUGGUUGAAAAUAUAAGUCGAAUGCGUUAUAUGGCUCAUUUCCGUGCUGUUCAUCGUGGUGCUAUUUUCGAGUCCAUGAGAACAACUGAACCUCGGCGGUUGCUUCCAGAUGCUUGGGGUUUCAUUUGUCCCGUGCAUACUCCUGAUGGGACUCCGUGUGGUCUUCUCAACCAUUUAACCAAAUCUUGUAUAGUGAGUAAAAAUGUUACUAACUAAUAUUUUUAAUAUUUUUAAACAUUAAUCAGAAUUUUUAUUUAAAUUAGAUUGUGUACAUAUCAAAUAUACUCAUAUUUAUUGGCAAAAUAACAUUUAAUAAAUAUAUUAUAUUUAUUUCUUUAGGUAACAAAAUCAAUAAACAAAAAAAUAUUGCGUGAUAUGCCUAAGGUAUUAGUAUCUCUUGGUAUGUGUGAAUCUUCAUAUAAACCUCAAGAUACAAAUAUCGGAUUUGUUUACAAUGUAAUGCUCGAUGGUCGUUUAAUUGGAUAUGUACCAGAUUCAUUAACUGAACUUUUUAUUAGAAAACUUCGUAUACUAAAAGUGCAAGGAAAACAAGUAAACUAUAAUUGUAUUUAAUAACGAAUAGUAUUUAAUUUAAUGGGUUUUUUUUAGUAAAGUUAAAUUUUUUAUAAUUUUAACUUUUUAAGCAUUUAUCAUAUUAUAAUAAUGUUACCUCUUAUUAUUAAUUAAAUAUUCUGGAUAUUCAAUCUUUUAAAUAUACAAAUAUUAAAAAUAUUUUUUGAUUUUUAAGUAUGCAAAGUGGAAUAAUGCAAUCAAGUAUUCACACAUGGUAAACAAUGAUUACCCUACCUCUUAUUUAAACUUGAGAUUUGUUUAAUGUCCAUGUACAUUACAUUUAUGUUAUUUACUCAAUAUUCAAUAAUAAUGUUUAUAAAACAAUUUAGAAUAUGGCCUACUUAAAAAUAUUAAAAAUAAGGGUAGCUGUUCAUAAGAAAUAUUAAAUUACAAAAACAUUGAGAUAGAUAAUGUAUAUAUUUUUAUAUUUUUAAAUUAAUAAUUAUUAUAAAUCUACAUUCUAAAUAGUCAUAUUUUGUUAAAAUUAAUUUUUCCAGCGAAAAACAAUAUAAUUUUAGUACUAAAAUUAUGAUAGCUGUGUAUUACCAUUAAAUUGUUUUUUACUAUACAACAUGUGGCAUCUGUAUGUGAAUUUAAAAAUUAUUCAGAAUUUAUUUAUUUAUUAGAUACCAGAGACUACUGAAAUUGUAUGGCUUCAAAAGAAAGACGAAAAUGUUAUAGGUCAAUUCCCUGGACUUUUCUUAUUUACUGGAAAUGCAAGAAUGAUGAGACCUGUUUUUAAUUUAGAUUUAGCUCAAAUAGAGCUCAUUGGAACUUUUGAACAAGUUUAUUUAGAUAUAAGUAUUUCUGAAGAUGAAAUCAGACCCAAUGUAAGUAUGGUGCAUGGUUAUCUACUCAGGUUGAAAUACGGUUUAUCGGGUGGCCACAAAUGAUAUAAUGACAAACUACUAAAUACAUACCAUUUAAGUUGAAGAUUAACAUUUUGCAUAAUAUUACAUAUGUUAAAUAUAUCAAAUACUAUAAAGUACCUAAAAAAUAAUUAGUAAUUGAGUUAAAAUUUUUUUGCAAACUACAAGGUUUUUUGACUAAUAUAAUUAAUUAAUAAUUAUAUGUAUACUAACUAAAAAUUAGACGAAUACCGAAAUUGUAUGAUGUUCACAUACAAUUACAAUAGCAUGGAAACUUAGAUUUUUACUACAGACAGUAGUAGAUAGGCUGAACCUUGAAUUUUUUUUUUCGGAUAAAAUAUUUAACCCUAUAAUACAAUAUAAUUAGACAUACAUAUCAUUAAUUAGAAAAACAUUAUUUUUGUAAGCAUAAUAUGACACCAUUUUUUUUUUUAUCAAAUGCAGGGUGUAACUGAACUAUUUGACAUUUUUAUAUGUAACUACAAUGUAAAAAUGUCAAAUAGUCCUGUUACUCCCUGUAUACUCGACACUUGGAGAUACCAUUAAAUUAUUUGUCGAGUGACAUGAGACAAGCCUAUGGUUAACUAAUACUUAGUUUAUGCAUAAAUUAGUCUUUAUUUCGUAAAAUUUUAUAACAUAUGUUAACUGUAAUAAUUUAAUGAAAAAAUAACUUAAACAUAGCAGCAUUAAUGACAACAUUUAAUUUUUUAUGCUCUAAUUCAAAUCCUCUGAGUUAUUUGGUACUUUAAACAUGACAUUUUUUUAAUUGUUGGAUUUGUACCCCGUAAUACUACGGCACAACAUUUCACCAUUGUUGCCAAACAAAAGUUUUAAGUUCUCAACUCGUGUAAAUAACCGUGUUAUUAUCAUUUGGAUUUUGGCGGUAAAAUUAAAACGUUAUUGAUAUUGUCAUACGGGGAACAUACAGCUAGCACUGAACAUGAUAUAGGGCCAUUUGUUUAUUAUGAGCUGAUAUAAUGUGUUCCGACCAUAGUAGAUAACCAUGGUUUGGUACAGUUAUAAAACAUUCUUGAGAGACAAAACUUUAUAUAAUAUUAAGUAUUAUUUUUUAUAAUAUAGGUAACUACACAUAGAGAAAUUACAAAAACUAAUUUUCUUAGUCAUUUGGCAUGUUUAAUUCCUUUACCUGAUUAUAAUCAAAGUCCACGGAAUAUGUACCAAUGUCAAGUAAUUAUACAUUAUAAUUCAUUUAUUUGUUAUUUUUCAUUCUAGUGUUUAACACAAAAAAAAAAAAUAAAGAUUUCUAAUAUACAGAUCAUUCAUAUAUACAAUAUUAUCUAGUAAAUUUUGACUGAACUAUAUUUUUGUAUUUUUAUUAACCCCAUGAAUAAAUUAUUUAAACAUAACUUACAAUAUUAAAUUGUACUUAAGUACUCAUAAUUAAAUAGAAAAUUAAAACUAUCAUUAAAUUAUUGUUUAAUUGAAUCAAUUCGACAUCCAGAGUUUAAAUUGUCCUCCGAACCCAUAAUUUAUAUUCUUAAAAAGUUUUUUAUAAAUAUAAGUAAAUUUAAUUACAGAUGGGAAAACAAACUAUGGGAACUGCUUGUCACAAUUGGCAUAUUCAGUCUGAAACAAAAUUAUACAGAAUACAAACUCCUGCAUCACCAUUAUUCAGACCUGUUCAUUAUGAUGAAUUAUCAUUAGAUGAUUUUGCAAUGGGUACAAAUGCUGUAAUAGCUGUUAUUUCAUAUACGGUAAAAUACAAUUUUAAUUAAAACCUGUCAGAUUCUGAGUGCAGUGGGGAAUGUAUUGGUUUUAUUGGUAAGGAGAGAUUUUUUUCAAUUUUGUUUUUCAAUGCUUUUUUACAUAAGUUAGUUAGGUAUUAUAUCAUAUUAUAAAUGUAAUAAGAUAAAAAUAUAAAAAUUUAAAUUUGAAAUUAUGCCCAAUUGUUUAAUUGAUUAGAUUGAAUAUGAUUAUAUUUAAACAGAUUGUAACUUAUUAUAAAUUUAAUAAAAUUCAUAAUGAGUGGGCUAUUGUUAUAGGUCUGAAGUAGAGCAGCUAGAGAGGAAGUUAAAUGUAUAUCUGUACACAAGAUUAAUCAUUGCUAAUCAAAAAUGAUUCUGAGCAAAGUUUGGUUAUACAUGUUUUGAAAAGCCGUAAUAUUUUCAAUUUGGGAAUAAUACGUUUUAUUUUUAUUUUUUUAUCAUGAAACCCCCUAAGUAAAUCAAAAAAUGGUAUUUUUAAAGUAUUACCCUCGUCAAAUUUCCUUUCAGAAAAGAUGCUACACUUGAAAGUCUGAGCAAAAUUAUUGGUAGAAAAGUUGUUCAUAGAAAAAAAACAUUGAAAAACUAAUACAGUUCUUGCCUCCCUUAGAAUCUAAAAUAUCAAAAGAGCUGAUACUGGAGACAGCUAAUGCUUUAUGUGGGAAGGUAGGAUAUAUAAAGUUAUUUAGUUUAUAUCUUUACACAAUGAUACACCAUUAUUAAUGAACAAUUCAGAAUGGUCAGUAAAACAUAUUUUGAAAUUCCGUUUCCUAUUUUCGUCAAAAUUUGAUCUUAAAAUGCUUGAAAAAAAAAAAACUAAUGCCUUUUACUCAAAUUUAUUUUCAAGCGUUUCACUAAAGUCAUAUAAUAUAACAACAGAAAAGUAUAUUACAAUCAAUUUUAUUAUGCGUGCUUUAUUUAAAAAAAUUUGUGCCUGUUAAAACAACUUUAAAGAAUAAAUCUUGCUUCAAACUAUCUAUAUAGCUUUUGUGAAAGACAAUUUUUCUAGUUAGUACAUUAGGGAGGAUAUUUUUUUGAUUUUCCUAGUAGUUGUUUUGAUAAUUUGUGAUAAAACAGGAAAACUUACUCAAUAACGGUUACCGUUAUUAUUAAUUGAAUUAAUUUUAUAUAUUUAUAAAUAAUACAAAUAAUUGUAGAUACCUGACAUUUUUACAGAGUCCUUCAUUAGCCCUUCCUAUACAUGACAUUUAAAAUUGUCUAGUUUUUUAAGUUUUUAUUUAGUUUUUUACGUACAAUUCUAUGGGUUUUCCAUUUAUUAUGAAAAUACUUGUAAAAUAAAAAAAAAAUAACUUAAUUAUUCAUCAUCUAAAAUUGAAAUUAAAUUAUUUAACCAUUAAAAUAUAACAAAAAAUGUCCCUUGUUAUUUUUUUAUUGAAGUAUUAUUUUUGACAGGAAAGUUUUGUCACACAAAAAUUAAAAAAAAUAUCAUGGUUAACAGCAUAGUAAAACUAAUUGAGUGAAAUGUAAGUUUUUUUUUUUUUAAUUUUAGAGCCUUUUAAAGUUCAAAUGUUGAUGAAAAUCUUAAAAAUCACAACAUUUUAAAAUAUGUUUAACCUAACAUCACUUAGAAUAAUUGUUCUUUAUUAGCUAUGAUUUAUCAUUGGGCACAGGUAUAAAUUAAAUAACUAUAUAUUAUUCUAUCUUCCUAACUUCUGAACUAUAGCAGUGACACAUGAGUCAGCAGUAUCAGCUCUUUUUAUUUUUUUUUUUUAUUUACUACAUCAGUUGUGCAUCAGUUUAAAUUAUUAUAGGUAUUAAAAUGUUUUUUAUUUUAAUAAAUGUUUUUAGGGUUAUGAUAUGGAAGAUGCAAUGAUCAUAAAUAAAAUGGCACUGGAGCGAGGUUUUGCUCAUGGUUCUAUAUUUAAGACUGAAUUAAUUGAAACCAAGGUAUAUUACAAUAUUAGUAAUCAUAAAUUUAUGAUUUAUGAAUUGUUAACUAAUUCAAAUGUAUUUCACCUAGCCACAAACAUAUUUUAAGCGUGAUUCGUUUCAAGAUCAUCUAGCAGAAUUCUUGGAUGAAGAUGGUCUCCCUUAUAUUGGUUUAAAACUUUCUAAGGGAACACCGUAUUAUAGGUAUGUAAUACUUUAAUUAUAAUUAGUUAAAUUAUUUAUCUAAUAAAAGUUGAGUUUAUUUUAGUUAUUUUGAUGAAACAAUACAAGGAUUUAAUGUAGCUAAGUAUACCAGCAAUGAAGAUGCUAUUGUUGAUUCAGUUCGCCAAUGUGGAGAUUUUACAACUGGUCGAAAAAUACCUAAUAAAGCUACAAUUACUAUUAGAGUUCAAGUGUGUAAUUAUACAUUUUUUUUUUUUUUAAGUAUUUUGUUAUUAUUUCUUACACUAUUUAAUUUUUUUAAAUAUUAGAGGAAUCCAGCAGUUGGUGAUAAAUUUGCUAGUCGUGCAGGGCAAAAAGGAAUAUUUAGCAAAGGUUGGCCUUCUGAAGACUUGCCAUUUACUGAAAGUGGAAUGGUUCCAGAUAUUGUUUUCAAUCCUCAUGGUUUCCCUUCAAGAAUGACCAUUGGUAAAUUGUUCAUUCUUAAAUUUUUUUUUUGAUAAUGUAACAAAUAAAAUGUUUAUUUCUAGCUAUGAUGAUAGAAUGUAUGGCAGGUAAAUCUGCUUCUGUACAUGGUGUAGUACAUGAUGCUACACCUUUCAAGUAUAGCGAAGAAGAUACAGCAAUUGAUUAUUAUGGACGUCUUUUAGAAGCAGGUAAUCUAUUUGUAUAUAGUUAGUAUUUAAAUUUUAAAUAGUAAAUAAUUUAUAACAGUGGUCGGCAACCGGCAGCUCGCGGGCCGUAUUCGGCCCGCGAGUCUAUUAAAUACAGCCCGCUUUAGAUUCUAUAACAACAAAAUUUAAUUUAAUAUCAUAUCAAAAAAAUCAUAUUGUAUAAAUAGAAUUGAACGUUUCUAUCAGUCAUAUUUUAUAAUGGUAGAUAUACCUUGACAGUUAUCGAUAAGAUAGAGUAGAAACAACGAGUGUAUUUGGGUUAUAAUCUUAAUAUUCGAUUGUGUUCAGUAACAUUGCGUUUUUCGUACGGGUAUGUGCAGUUUUUUCGUCUUGUGUAGUUUUAAUAACAUUAUAAUUUCGAUUUUAUAUUUUUAGUGAUCGUUUAUUUGACUGUUAAUUUAAAUUUUAAACUAAUUAUAAUGAAUGUCAGUAAAAAAAAAAAAAUAGAUUCUGAAUGUCGUGUAUUUCAGCAUAAAUGGAGCAAUCAAUACUUUAUUAUUGAAAAUAAAGGAAAAGUUAUGUUCCUUGUUUGUCGUGAAUUAAUUUCUGUAUUGAAAGAAUACAAUAUUAAACGGCAUUAUGAAUCCAAGCAUAAAGUUAAAUAUGACUCCUUAUACAGACAGUUCAGAGAAAUUGAAGUUAAUAAACUACAAAAAGCUCUAACCGGAGAACAAACGAUCUUUUCAAAAGUAACUAUUCAAAAUAAAGCCGUUAUUUCUGCCAGUGUGAAUGUAGCUAUGUUAAUUGCGAAAGAAGGAAAACCAUUUACAGACGCAGAAUUUGUCCAAAAAUAUGUACUAAGCAUGGCCGGUAAUAUUUGUCCAGAUAUUGUACAUAAGUUUGAAGAAGUCCCAUUAUCUGCUCGUACAAUAACAAGACGUAUUGAAAAUGUUGGUGACAANUCGAGGAAUUAAUGAAAAGUUUGAAAUAACUGAAGAAAUUGCCGCCGUCAGUACUUUAAAGGGGAAAAACUUUUUGAAUCAUUAGAAUUUUCAUUAUCAACAGUUAAAUUUGUUGAAGCUAUUUUGAUACUUCAACAAGAAUUUAAUAAUCGAUUUCAAGAUUUCAAACGACAUUCACAGUAUUUUCAACUACUCGCCAAUCCGUUUAAUAUUGAUGUGAAGAUAUACCUGUUGAGCUUCAAAUGGAAAUAAUAGAUUUGUAGCCACAAAGUAUCUUAAAAGACUCAUUCAAAGCAUCGCCUUUACUUUUUUUCGCUGAACUUCCUGCAUCAUUUUCAAAAAUUAAAAAUAUAGCUGCAAAAUACUUCAGUAUGUUUGGAUCCACUUACGUAUGUGAACAGGCUUUUUCUCAUAUGAAAAAAAUUAAAAAUCCAUACCGUUCACACUUAACUGAUGACCAUCUCCACCAUGUACUUAGAGCGAGCACAAGUAAUUUUAAUGUGGAAAUCGAAAAAAUAAUAAACAAUAUUCAACAACAAAAAUCACAUUAAGUCUAUUAAGCAGUUGUAAUUUCCAUACUUUUAUAUUAUAAUUAUAUUAUUAAAAACUGUAAUUUUAUUUUUAUGUUCUAUUAAUCUAUUAUUUUAAAGUUUUAAAUAGUUAUUUUUUUUCUUAGUAAAUAAUUUGGAAUACAAAAUUUUUAUUUUUGUCUGUCCCGCGAACAUUUUUUAAUUUAUGAAUGUGGCCCGGGAGUCUAAAAAGGUUGCCGACCACUGAUUUAUAACAUUCCAUAGUUUUAUUUAUAGUGUUUUCGUCGCAAAAGAAAUGUUUUAUUAUUAUUAUAAUUAUUAUCAUAAUUUUGGUGUUUUUCUUAGUAUUAGUUUUUACUGAAACUUAAACAUUUACUUUAAAAUUGUGUUACGUUGUGUUAAAAAAAUAACUUGUUCACUUCAUACAUUUAACAAACACAAUUUAUAGGUGGAUAUAAUUAUUUUGGAACGGAACCAAUGUAUAGUGGAGUAGAUGGUCGGGAAAUGCAGGCAUCUAUAUUUUUUGGUGUUGUACAUUAUCAACGAUUAAGACAUAUGGUAUCAGAUAAGUGGCAGGUAAUAUUAAAGACUAACUCAUUCCAUUAUAUCUCAAAUAAUUGAUUCAUAUUUUGUUAGGUUCGAAGUACUGGCGCAGUUGAUGCUGUUACCAAACAACCUGUAAAAGGUCGAAAAAGAGGUGGUGGCGGUCGUAUUGGUGAAAUGGAAAGAGACGCAUUAAUUUCACACGGAACUCCAUUUUUAAUGCAAGAUCGUUUCAUGGAUUGUUCAGACAAAUCAACAGUUAGUAUUUGUAAUAUUUAAUUAUUUUUAUCAAAAUUAUGGGUUUGUAGCUCAAUGGUUACAAUUACAAAUUAGAAUUAAAAUUAACAGUAAAUAAUAAUCAAAAGAACACAAUAAGAUGAAGUUAAGACAAAGAAUAGGAGUGUUCAAUAUUCACAAUCUGCAUCAGUCUUGUAAAAGGCUUAUUGGCAGCAUUUUUUGUCAAACAUAUUGUGACAUAAAAUGGAUAGAUAUUAUACAAAAAAAAAACCACUUUAAAGUUAACUAGUUGAAUAAUGAGAAUAAUUGCAAGAAAGCAAGAAUAUGAGAAUUAUCUUGUGACAUUUCAACUUAUACCCAACUAAAGACAAGAAAAUACACUUUACUCACUUCAAAGUAUAAUUAUAACUUAUGAUAUAUGGAUCCCACAAUAUAGAUACAUAUUUUAAACAGAGCGUACUAAAGCACAGCAUAGAGAUUAAUUGACAUAGUUAAUUUAAACUGAUCACAAACAUAUUUUUAAAAAAAAAAAAAAACAUUUUUAGUGCCCUGUAACACAAUGAUUCUAUAUUAAGAAUAUAUGCUUCUAAUUUCUCACCAAUGAGACCUAAAGAAUGUCAUAAUAGUGAAUUUCAGAACAAUGAAAAAUAAACCUACAUCAAAGCCUAAAAAACAAUUGUGUUAUGAUCUUCAUUCAACAUAAAUUCAUCAACAGAAUUUAUUCUUACAAAAAGAUUCAGAUUAUUAACGAACAACAGACAUUUGCUGUAUCUCAUUAAUCUCUGAUGCUUUUUAUAAAUAAAUAGUGAUAAAAGCAUUAGAGAGAUAAUCCUGUGUAGCAUGCUAGAAACGAUGCCAAUAAAGCAAGUUUAGAUGCCAUGGACUUUUACACAUUACUUUCUAUUUGAUAAGUAUGUACCAAAUCAAGAUUUAAUAAUGGCUCUCCAAAGCCAGGAAGUUUCAAGGCAUCAAGCAAGAUUUCGGGAUUCGCCCUAUUAAAGGCUUUAAUGAGGUUCAACUAGAAUAUAUCAACCUAAGCAUAGUCUGAUAAAACAUCCAUUACGUAUUUAGUGAAAAUCAUGUCAUAUAUUAAUGUAGUGUUCAGGUCAAUAUACUGUUCGUCACAAAGUAUAUUAUCAAACGCAGAUAAUAGAUUCAAAGAAUCAAAAGUGAUUUAGUAUAGAUUGGAUGAUAAUUUGAUAUGUUAGUUACACGAGCUGAUUUAUAAAUAUUUUAUACAUUUAUUUUAACUUUUAUCUUUGUUGACCAUCCACACUUUUAUACAUAUUAAGUCUUUUAUUGUAAAUAGCUAUUACUAUAAAUAUUGAAAUGCUUUUUAGUGCUGCCCAAACGUAAUAUGAAAUAAAUAACCCAAUUUAUAAAAUGAUGUGAAAGAACUUAGCUUAAGUAUUUCAUGAAAACUAUAUUCAUUAAGAAAUUAACAUAAAAUAUUUUGAACUUAACUAUUUAAUUAAUAAUGUAACUAACAAGGUUUAGCAUAUUAUUAAAAAUUAAGAAUGAACACUGAUAAAUAUGUAUUUAGUUAACUAAUAAUGUUGGUAUAUUAUUUUUAUGUUUUAAAAUUAAAAAAAAGUUUUGUGAAAUGCCACUAUAUUAUAUUUUGUUAUUUUUCAAUUUCAGGCUUUGUUAUGUUUGAGAUGUCAUACAAUAUUAUCACCAAUAGUUCACUUUAAAGAAGAUAGUUAUUCAAAUAAAGUUGCUAUUUGUAAAAUAUGUGAAUCUACUCAAGUACAAGAAAUUGGAAUUCCUAAUGUGUUUAAAUAUUUGUGUAGUGAACUUGCUGCAGUGAAUAUUAAAUUACAAUUUAAUAUUGAAGUAUAAAUAUUGUAAAAAAAAAAAAAAAAAAACAAUUCAUUCAUAAUAAGUAUGUUCGUUUUUUAUUUAUUAAAAAGUAUAGAGAAAAUAAGAAAAACCUAUGUAUGGGUUUAUAGAUUUAGAGAAGUCAUUUGACAAAGUGCCAAGAGAGAUUCUGAUAUGAGAGUUUAAUGAGAAAAUAAUAUAUCACUUAGGUAGAGGAUAUAUGUGAAGGUUCAAAUACAAGUUUCAAAAGUUUGUGUGGAACAACUGAAGAUUUUUUGAUUGAAGUUUGUGUGAAUCAGGAUUUGGUUUAAAGUCCUUACCUGUUUUCUGUUGUAAUAAAUGAAGUUACGAAGGGUAUACAAGAUGAGACAUCAUUUGUUCAUGAUGUUUGUAGAUGAUAUGGUUUUGUCAGUUUUGAUAGGAGAAAUGGAGAAUAACACUUGAAGGACAAGAGAAUUCUAAUGAAACUUAAAGAUGAGUUCUACAAGAGUUGUGAGAGUAUAGUUCAGACUAAAACUUUAGAGCACUGGGUAGAUAGCAGAAUAAAAUAGAUAAUGACUAUAGCGGAGAUGAGAAUCAUUUAGAUAGAUGUAGAGUGACAAUAGAAGAUGAAAUAAGAAAUAAGUACAUAAAAGUUAAAAACCUAAAUACAUUAAAAAUACCGACAUAUUUUGUAUGAUGGGUGGGCUACUGUAGUAGAUGAAAAGUUAGGAAAGUAGGAUAUAGAAAGGAAUUUAAUGUAUAUAUGUAUG